AUGAAUUCUGACACUGAUCCUGCAUACACUAGAGUAUAUCACAAAUACUCAUUAAAGUAUAGAAGGGUCAUAGACAAAUGGAUUAUGCAUCCAGGAAAAAGAUGGGGAUUUUGUCUCCUUUUACUCAUAUAUUACAUUAGCAGACUUAUUGAAACCUAAAGUUAUUUUGUCGUGUCCUAUAUGCUCGGAAUCUAAAUAGUUUACUCCUUCUUAAGAUACUAUACACCAUUAGGGCUUCCUGAUAUUGAAGACGAAGAUGAAGAUGUCGAUAUCUAACUCCCUCAGCAUAAUGACGACAGACCUCUAAUUAGAUCAAUGCCUGAAAUUUAAUUAUGGGAAUAAAUUACCAGUGCUCUAAUCCUAUCAAAUCUUGCAACAUACUUUGUAAUAUUUGAUCUUCCAGUCUAUUGGCCGUUCUUGUUUAGCUAUUUCAUUUUGGUUACGAUCAUAACUUUUAAAAAAUAUCUUAAGCACAUGCAGAAAUAUGGAUAUAGUUGGGGAGAUUUCUCAAAGAGAUGAUUGUAAUUAAUUUUAAUAAACAUUGCCAAUUAUUAUUCAUUAACUCUAAC